AUUCUUUACUCUUUGGGUAGUUGGGGUUCUAACUGUUCUAAGUGUGAGAGUUAUUGCUUGAAAGUUAAUGUAUGUAAAGUUGUAUUGGAUAUUAAAAUCAACUGUAAUAUUUAUAUAAUAAUAAUUAAUGCAUUUUUCGUAAGUUUUUAUUAAUUGAGAAAAUCCAAAAUGCCUUUGCCGGCAGCAUUAGCUGCACGUCUUGCAAAAAGAGGAUUAAUCAGUGGAUCUGAAAAGCAUGAAUCUGGGAAGAAAGAGCCCAAAAAGAAGGUGCAUGAAGAAGUUAUAGCUGAAGAUUAUGAUAACACAAAAGAAGAGAUUAAUCAAAUUGAUAUAUCACAAAAAUUUAUGGGUUACAAUGGAUGUCCUAACAAGUAUAACAUUUACCAUGAAUGUACAAAAAAAUGUAAAGAAUUAUGGGGAAUGGGACAUAUGCAACCUUCAGAUAAAUAUUUGAAGCAACAAAUGAGAUUAAUUCAAAAAUAUCCAUUACCUGAAACUUGGAAAGCUGUUUAUGAUCCUGGAUCUGGACAACAUUAUUAUUGGGAUUGGUCAUCUGACUUGGUAUCUUGGUUACCACCUGGCCAUCCAAAAUGUCAAAUAUCACAACCUGCAUCUCAGUUACGCGAAGAAUUGCAUUUAAAAGCAGGAGAUCAAGAUGAUAAUAUGUCCAGUGAUGAUAGUACUAGUGAUCAAGAACAAAUGGAAGUAGAAGAAAGUGAACCUCUCAAAAAAGAUAGAAAAAUAGAAAAUCGUACAAAAUAUAAAGGACCAGAUAGUAAAAGAGCUUAUAGAUCUGAUAGAACUGAUAAUAAAGAUACUAAAGAUCGUACUUUAGAUCCUAUGGAUCCAGCAUCCUAUAGUGAUAUUCCUAGGGGGAAAUGGUCAGAUGGAUUGGCUAAACAUAACGAAGCUAAAACUGGGGCUGAUACAACCGCUUCAGGUCCUCUUUAUCAAAUGAGGCCAUAUCCUAGUCCAGGCGCGGUACUUCGCUCUAAUAGAGCUAAUAAAGCAGAAUCGGAAUCGUCCAAUAAAUCGAAAGUUGUGUUUCCCGAAAAACCAGAAUAAAUACACAUUGUGAUAAUAAUGACUUAAUUUUAUGUGAUUAUAAUAAUGUAUUUAAUGACAAAAAAAUUCAUGCUGUAUGAGAGAACGUUUUAUUAUUGUAAAAUAUAUAUCAUACUUUUAGACUGAAAA